GUACCACUGGCCAUUCCUGUCGGCAAUCGAGACAGGAUCUCGACAGCCAGUGCUUACCGUCGCAAAGCAGAUUUCCACAUGAAUCACUCCCGCCUCCCAAUCACGACCCCAGCUUUCUGCUGUGUAUCACUCCAUCUAUUGGCAGGGGGGUUGUAGGCGGGGUUGUCCAGCAUGCACUUUAAUGUGCGGUACAUGGGAGAAAAAGACUUUUUCGACCCCUGGGUUUGGCCCCUCUCCAGACCGUACAACUUUGGCGCACAAUAUUAAUAGAGGGUAGAUAGCCAGACAUCUGAUUUCACAUGGACGUUUUGCCUUGUCCCCCCCUCUAACCCAUGUUCCCACCCAUUGUGCCGCGUAAGAAAUGGAUCGCAAACGAGCAAAUGAUGCCGUGCUCUUGGUCACCGGCGCCUGGCACGUCCCGAGUCACUAUCGCAAACUGAUCGACAGCCUCGAGUCGAGAGGCAUCCGGACUGUCUGCCCCACUCUCCCAACAAACAACAACGCCGUGCCCCCCAACAAGACCUUUGAGGACGACGUCCGGCUCAUCCGGGACCUCGCGGCGUCUGAGGCUGCAAAGGGCACCCGCCUCACCGUCGUCGCCCACUCUUACGGCGGCGCCGUGUCAACCGCCGCCCUGGGCGAGCUGGCCUUCCCUGUGGAUAGUGAUGGUGACACAGUCAAGGGCGGGGUCGUGGACCUCCUCUACGUGACCACAUGUCCCCCCAGCGAGGGCCAGUCCAUGGCGAGCAUAUUCGGCGGCGUGUUGCCUCCGAUGUUUCACCCGCAGCCCGACGGUACGCUGCAGAUGGACAACCCAGAGUAUUUCUUCUACAACGACCUGUCACCCGAGGAGACCAAGAAGGCGGUGGGGAUGCUCGUGGCCCACCAGGUGGAGGCCCAGUUCGCCCCCGUCAACUGUGCGCCCGGCAUGGCGGCCUUCAGGACGAUCCCCACAAGCUACCUGGUCUGCGAGGGCGACACCGCCAUGCUGCCCCAGUUCCAGGAGAUGGCUAUUGAGAAGCUGAGAGGUGAGGGGGUUGAUGUCCGGGUUUUCCGGUGCAAUGGGGGGCACAAUGCGUUCAUGAGCGUGCCUGAGGAAGUCACCGAGGUCAUUCUCAAAGUGCUGAAGUCUCGGCGAGGGCCCUGAGACCCGGAGAGGUGUCACGAAUCUGGAUACGCGGUCCAUUCCUUAAUAUGACAGAGCGAGUGUAAUGUACGGAGAUUCUACAGUAUCUCAAUCCAACAGACGGGCCUGCCUUGAUGGAAACAUUCAUUCUCCACGUGGCCGCCCACAAUUGCUCUUCCGUACACAAUCCGAAGGCUGCAUUCCAAGGUUCAGAUUUGAACAGCUAGUCACAUCUCGAUAUCUAGGAGCAGCUCUCCCAAGGUCCGUCUCAACAUUUCCGUAGCGGUCUGGGCGCCGGAAUUGGCACUAUUUAACCUGCAUGGAGCUAACUCUGCACCAUUAUCGGAUAAUCAUGCAACAUCACUUCAGAAAUCGUGCGUGCUGCGUGUCAGCCAACCUUCGCUUGCUCAAGCGACCGCUUUCCGGUCAGACAGACGGGACAAUAUGACUUGUGUCACCGUGUCACCGCUGUGGGCCAUCCAGUAGUGUUUGGUCGUUUGUUACCGAAACCUGAUCGCAAAAUAGCACUGCAUGCAUGCACUGAAACAUAAAC